UAGUCGAAAGAACAAAAUUGUCUCAAAUUUCAGGUCUUGAAUUUGGUCUCAUACUCAAAUGAGUAUCCAAAAUAUCCAAUAUAUAUAGUAUUAGUUAUAAUAAUUGUAAUAAUCUCAAUAUCUAAACUAGAAUUACAAAUCCAAAUAUAUUAGUUAUUUUGGAUAUUUUCAAAUUACAUUAAAUUGUUUGGGUACAAUUUACCCAAACCAAAUUGUAUCUAUGGUUAAUUACAAAUAAAAAUAGUCUAUCCAAACUAUAACUAAUUAAUGGAUAUUUUGAUUAAUUUGGUUAAUUUAAAUAUCAUAAGUACUCAUUUAAGUUAUUUUGGGAUAAAAUCGAUCAUAAAUAAUUGUUUGGGUAAAAUAGCCUGGUUUGAAUGCAAGUACAAUGGAUGUUCGGUUAUUUUGUGGUUAUUGUAUUAGUGUUAUUUUACCUAUUAAAUUAAAUAUUUUAGUCAUUUUAGUCAUUAUAGUCUAUUUUUGUGACCAAAACUUGAAAAUAGUCUAUUUAAGAGAAUUGUCCUUAGUUUUUUUUAUUAGUUACAAUACGGUUAGUUAUAUAGGUAAUUAUGUUUUUAUUUUAAAAAUAUACUAAAUUAAAUAUUUACUUAAUUUGUGCAUAUACAAAUAUAAAACGACGAAACAUGUUUUUGGUGCGUGAAAGAUCAACUAAUUUUCUUUAUUGAUUUUUGUAUUAAUAACUAAAUUUAAAUAAAUUAAAAUACUUUUUUCUUUAAAAGUAAGAGCUUUUAAAGUCGAUUUUCCUAAUCAAGAUUAGUAAAAUUUUCUUUAUCCACCAUAUCAUUCCUAAAUCCGUCCCUUAGCCCCUAAGCAAAAACAUCGCACCGUCAAAAUCUCAGAUCUCUCUCUCUCUCUCUCUCUCUCUCUCUCUAUUUUCGUUUUUGUCUGAUAAUUUUGCAGAAAAUUUGAUUUCUCAAUCCCAAUCUCUACCUAUGGAGGAUGUUGCAAUGAAGAACGCUGAGCUCAACGAAGAAAUCUCCGACAAGUUUCUCUGCUGCGUUUGCCUGGAGCUUCUUUACAAACCGAUUGUGCUAUCAUGUGGUCACCUAUCGUGUUUCUGGUGCGUACACAAGUCAAUGAACGAGCUGCGAGAGUCUCAUUGUCCCAUUUGUAGAGACCCUUACGUUCACUUUCCUGCUGUCUGCCAAAAGCUCCACUUCCUCCUCAAGAAGAUUUACCCUCUUGCCCACCACAAGCGAGAAGAACAAGUUCUAAAGGAGGAACAAGAACUAGAUUGUUUUUCACCUCAGAUUGAUGAACCAAAGCCUAAGGAGGAGUCUUCAUGUAGUGGAGCUUCUCUAAAUGUCUCUGAUGAGCGGAAGGUGGAAGAGUGCUCUAAUGCAGAAAGGUUACUAUCAAGUGAAGAACCUAAUGAGAAUAACAAAGUCAUUACGCAAAUUUCAAAAGAUGAUUUGCUCUGUUCAGCGUGUAAGGAGCUGCUAGUGCGACCCGUGGUACUCAACUGUGGACAUGUGUAUUGCGAAGGAUGCGUAGUAGAUAUGUUUCAAGAAGGCGAAAAGAUCAAAUGUCAAGAGUGUCAUAUCUCUGACCCCAGAGGGUUUCCGAAAGUUUGUUUGGUUCUUGAGCAGCUUUUAGAGGAGAACUUUCCUGAAGAGUACAAUUCAAGGAGAAGCGGGAUUCAGAAAUCGAUUGCCCAUACUAGCAAAAGAAACAUUCAAAGCUCUCACAAAGAAGGCCCAUCCUUAUCAGGCGAGAACAACAAUGAUCUUCCCUGGUGGGCAAACCCUGCAUCUAAUGUUCACAUCGGAGCUGGUUGUGAUUGUUGCGGAGUGUAUCCAAUCAUAGGGGAACGAUACAGAUGCAAAGACUGCAAGGAAGAGAUUGGUUAUGACCUUUGCAAAGACUGUUACGAGACUCCUUCAAAAGUUCCAGGGAGAUUCAACCAACAACACACCCCUGACCACAGGCUUGAGCUCGCCCAGGUUCCUCAGGUUCUUGUCAAUAUCGAGUCUAUCGGCUUCCUUCUAGGUCCGAUGGUUAGUGAAGGCGUGAGUGGAGAAGAAGAUAGUGAUGAUGAUGAUGAUGAUGAUAGCGAGGAAGAAGGGCCUCCUGAUUCUAAUGAGGUAUCGUCAAGCGCUGACUGAAACACAGCUUAAGUAUGUUGGAAUCUUAAAGCAUGGUUUGCGUUUGUGUUUGCAUAUUUCUUUUUUAAAAUAUGGUUUUUAAACAAAGUUAAUUUGUUAAUUUAUAAACAUAAAACGCAAACAAAAACCAAGUCUUAUGUUUUCAUUUGGUUGCUUAUGUAUUUUGCAAUAAGAGAUUUCAAAGAACUGAACUUUUUUUUCUU